AUGAUCUGGAACGUGAGAUCAGUGACAUCAAUGGGCAGCCUGACCUUGUUUUGGGGUCUCAUGCUCUCUGUCUCCACUAUCUGCAUAUUGUCCACGUAUGGAGAGAUCUGUGGUCCAAGUAUCGACAUCCGAAAUGACAUGGAUGAAUUCAAGCGACUGGAGAACUGCACGGUUGUAGAAGGCUACCUGCGGAUCCUCUUAAUCAACGACAAGACCAACAACAUCAACCAGGACUCCUUCCGCUCCCUCAGCUUUCCAAAACUGACCGUCAUCACCGACUACUUGCUGCUGUUCCGCGUCUCAGGCCUAGAUAGCCUCAGCGUCCUCUUCCCCAACCUGAGCGUCAUCCGCGGGCACAAUCUCUUCUACAACUAUGCCCUGGUCAUCUACGAGAUGACCAGCCUGAAGGACAUCGGCUUGUACAACCUGAAGAACAUCACCCGCGGAGCGCUGCGGAUCGAAAAGAACCCGGAGCUGUGUUACAUGGACUCUGUGGACUGGUCUCUGAUCAUGGAUGCCGAGUUCAAUAAUGUCAUAAGCGGUAAUAAGAUGGCAAAGGAGUGCGACAACGUCUGCCCGGGGAUCAUGGAGGUUAACCCACUUUGUCAGAGGACGGCCUUCAACGACAAAUACGACUACCGCUGCUGGACCUCCAACCAAUGCCAGAAAGUGUGUCCAGAGAAAUGCAAGCUCGCCUGCACGGACAAGGGGGAGUGUUGCCACAGCCAGUGCCUGGGCGGCUGCACCGAGCCCAACAACGACAUGGCCUGCUUGGCCUGCCUCCACUACUUCCACGAGGAGCAGUGUGUCCCGGACUGCCCUCCAGGCACCUACAAGUUCGAGGGCUGGCGCUGCAUCACCAUGGAGCUGUGCUCCCAAGUGCACCUGCCCAGUGAUACUCACUUCGUCAUCCACGAUGGAGAGUGCAUGCUCGACUGUCCCUCUGGUUUCACCCGGAACGAGACUAAUCGUAUGCUAUGUACCGCCUGUAACGGCCACUGCGACAAGGUCUGCAGACCUCCCGUCAUCGACUCUGUGGACGCUGCUCAGUCGCUGAAGGCCUGCACCGUCAUCGAAGGCAACCUGGACAUCAACAUCCGCCGUGGGAAUAAUAUAGCCUCUGAGCUGGAGAGCUUCAUGGGAUUGAUCCAGACAGUGACCGGCUUUGUGAAGAUACGACACUCCCACGCACUCGGCUCUCUGUCCUUCCUCAAGAGCCUCCGUUACAUCAAUGGGGAGCAACUUAUCGACAACAUGUACGCAUUCUCCGCCGUCAACAACCAGCACCUGCAGUCCUUGUGGGACUGGAGUCAGCACAAUCUGACCAUUCAGGCUGGAAGCCUCUUCUUUCGCCAAAACCCCAAGCUCUGCCUGUCUGAGAUCCACACGAUGUGGAAGAAAACGGGCAUAGCUGUGAAACCGGAUGAGAGGGAUUUCCGUAACAAUGGUGAAAGAGCCAGCUGUGAAAGUCAUAUCUUGAAGUUCAAGACUAACAUCACAACGAGCCAGACAAUCAAACUGAUGUGGGAGCGUUACCAAGCCACGGAGAAUGGAGACGUCAGCUUCAUAGUCUACUACAAGGAGUCACCUUUCCAGAACAUCACAGAGUUUGACGGCCAGGACGGCUGUGGCUCAAACAGUUGGCUCAUGUUCGAUGUAGAUAUCCCCCGAGAUGACAACAGCGACCCAAAUGUCACUCUUCAACACCUCAAGCCCUGGACCCAGUAUGGUAUUUUUGUGAAGGCUAUGGUCCUGCAAGUGGGAGACAAACACAUUAGCGGGGCGAAAAGUGACAUUAUUUAUAUUCGCACUCGUCCAUCAAAACCAACUAUGCCCAAAGAUGCUCAUGCGUAUUCCAACUCCUCGACCAAGCUUAUAGUGAAGUGGUCACCUCCAGAUCUUCCCAACGGAAAUCUGACUUACUACCAGGUGCGGUGGCAGCAACAGCAUGAGGACACUGAGCUUUACCAGCACAACUACUGCUCCAAAGCGCUGAAGAUCCCAAUCCACACCCCCAGCACAGGAAUCACAGACAUGGAGGACAGCACAAAGCCCACCAAGUCGGACCUGGCAGGGGCGAAGAAGGCCCCUUGCUGUGCUUGUCAGAAGACCCCUGAAGAAAAGGACCGGGAGAAGGACGAUCGCGUCUUCUUGAAAGCUUUUGAGAACUUCCUCCACAACACCAUCUUUGUGCCGAGACCUCCAGACCGUCGACGCAGAGAUGUUUUUGGUAUCGCAAACAACACUCUAUUUGAGGAAGGUAGCCGGGGGAAUACCUCGCUUGGCCCCGGGGAUAACAGCACGGAUAGCAUCCCUCCUGUCAUAGAGUUCCCUUUCUCAGAAGAGAAGAGUUCAGUGGAAUAUUUAGAAAUAUCCGACUUACGGCCUUUCACUGUCUAUCGUAUUGACAUCCACGCCUGCAAUGAAGAGGUGGACGAGUGCAGCGCUGCAAGUUUUGUCUUCUCCAGGACCAAAUCCGCAGCUAAAGCCGAUGACAUCCCUGGAAAGGUUUCCCAAGAGAGUUGUGACAAGGUUGAGGGGUGUGUGAUUCUGCACUGGCCAGAGCCCAUCACGCCCAAUGGACUUAUACUCAUGUAUGACAUUAAGUACCGUCUAGGGAAUGAGCCUGAGAAACACGGGUGUGUGUCACGUCAGCAAUACCGUGAGCACAAAGGCGCUCGCCUGACCAACCUGAGCUCUGGGAACUACUCGGCUCGUGUGCGCGCCACCUCUCUGGCAGGAAACGGUUCUUGGACGGAGGGCGUCUUCUUCUAUGUCCACCCCCCUAAGCGAGAUGAUGGUGUUACAUUCUACUUGGUCAUCAUAAUUCCCAUCAUAGUGACACUUUUCAUUGCCAGCCUUACCAGCAUUCUCUUCUUCAUCAACAAAAAGAGGAACAGCAACAGACUCGGGAAUGGAGUCCUUUAUGCUUCGGUCAACCCAGAGUACAUCAGUGCAGCCGAGAUGUACACUCCAGAUGAGUGGGAGGUGGCCAGAGAGAAGAUCACGAUGCACAAGGAACUGGGUCAGGGCUCCUUCGGCAUGGUGUACGAAGGCAUCGCCAAGGGUGUCGUCAAGGACGAACCCGAUACACGAGUCGCCAUCAAGACGGUCAAUGAGUCGGCCAGCAUGAGGGAGCGGAUUGAGUUCUUGAACGAGGCCUCGGUCAUGAAGGAGUUCAACUGUCACCAUGUGGUGCGGCUGCUGGGCGUGGUCUCUCAGGGACAACCAACCUUGGUGAUUAUGGAGCUGAUGACGCGUGGAGAUCUCAAGAGCCACCUACGAUCUCUGCGCAAAGAAAACACCAACAGCCAAGUCCUCCCGCCACUCAAAAAGAUGAUCCAGAUGGCAGGGGAAAUUGCAGAUGGAAUGGCUUACCUGAAUGCCAACAAAUUUGUCCACAGAGACCUGGCUGCCAGGAACUGCAUGGUAGCGGAGGAUUUCACUGUAAAGAUUGGAGAUUUUGGUAUGACCAGAGAUAUUUAUGAGACGGAUUACUACCGAAAAGGAGGGAAAGGCCUGCUGCCUGUUCGCUGGAUGUCUCCAGAGUCACUGAAAGAUGGCGUGUUCACAACAAUGUCUGACGUUUGGUCAUUUGGAGUUGUCUUGUGGGAGAUUGCCACCUUGGCAGAACAGCCGUACCAGGGCAUGUCUAAUGAACAAGUGCUUCGCUUUGUCAUGGAAGGAGGACUCCUCGACAAACCUGACAACUGUCCUGACAUGUUGUUUGAACUGAUGAGGAUGUGCUGGCAGUAUAACCCUAAGAUGCGACCGACCUUCCAGGAGAUCAUGAGCAGCAUGAAAGAUGAACUGGAGCCUUCCUUCAGGGAAAUGAGCUUCUUCUACAGCGAGGAGAACAAGCCGCCGGACAUGGAGGAGCUGGAUAUGGAGGUGGAAAAAAUGGAGAACAUUCCACUGGACCCUGUAUCCACAAGGCAGCCGUGUUCUGCUGCCCUUCCUUCGUCUGGAUACACAGGAGGAACAUCGCCUCCUUCCACCCAGCAGUUAUCCCCCAUGAAAGGCCCGAGUACUCCAUUACUAGGACCCGUGUCUCCCUCACCCCCAGGCUCAGUAGCCUCAGCCAUGAUGUCACCAGGACAAACUUUGGAAAAGCACUCAGGACAUGUGUUGGGAAACGGGCCUGUGGUGGUGCUACGGCCCAACUUUGAGGAGAUGCAACCUUAUGCACACAUGAACGGGGGCAGAAAGAACGAACGGGCGUUACCACUGCCCCAGUCGUCGGCCUGCUGAUAUCAACCCAAUCCCCUUUUUGUCUUUUUUCCUCUCACACAGGGUAAAUAAAACCUCCCUCGAUCUUUGACGGAGGGAUGGCGAGGUAAGACGAUUACUUUGUUCUACUGUGUGCCAGUAGAUGGUCUCUCCACUUCUUUAAGGUCAAACUCUUAAAAAAAAACUGUAAAACAGCACAGAAACCUGCUGAUGCAUUUGGAGUUUGGUGGCUCAGACACGCUGGGGGAAUCUGGCGUAGCCUGUUCUGUCCCAUACAAGUCCUUUUUAAGAAGAAAACACCACAGGCAUGUACAGACUUUAACAUGGACUUCAAGUCAUUUGUUUUUGCAUAUCCGUCAGCAAAACCAACAGAAGAGCACUUUUUUUUUCCUUUUUUUUCCUGAAGAUUUCAAAGAGGAUGCGAUGGAUAUUUAGAUGUGCAUUUCUCGAAAAACACAUCUUUCUCUCCACAAUAUGAAAUAGAUCCAUUUCUGAAAUGGGUUUCCAUCAAAAUUAAUUUCUUUUCGAGAGUAGACGGGCUCAUGUUUUGUGAGGAUGUCUCGAUUAGAAAGUCUCGACUAAGAUAAGUGUUUGAAAUAAUGUUUUCUAUGGGAUCCUGUCAGGCACGGAUAAAAAUGGUAGAGGGCCUAAUUUAUAUCUGCCAAACUAUUGCCAAAUCUUUUUCUUUUCUUCAAUCUCACGUCCCUUUUUUUUGUAAAGGUCGCGAUUCAGAGUCUGCGCAAUAGUACCAAAAUUAUUUGACUUCUCUACAGACGUCUUGCUUGCUUGGCAUCCUUUAGUAUUCGGACGAUUUGCAUACCAUACAGUUGACCUGGGAAUGGGCUCAUUAAAACGGCUUCACUUACCGCAUCCUCGUAGAUCCGAGCAGAAAUGUUCCUCACAUCACUUUGAGACCGCAAACUCUGAAUCACGACUCUCAACCUGUCCAUCUUUUAGUUACAAUAAUUAAAUAAGACAAAUAGCGCAUCACAGCAAAUCACUGAACCUCACAAUCUGGGAAUACGACCCCCCGCCCCCCUUUUUUUUUUUUUAUUUCUUUAUACAUUUUACUGACAUUUCUACGUGAACAUUUUCUGCGGGAGGAGAACACUGUUCAGCUUGAAUGGCACCAAAUAAACCGCAACAACAACCGGAGACAUCAAACCAGAAGCUGUCUAACAUUUUAGUAGCCUAGAGAUAACUUAGGUCAAAGAAGGUCUCUUUUAGAAUAGUUAUAAUUAUUUCUGCAUUUUAAAUGCAUAUUGAAGGUCUUACAGUUGUAUUUUUGACUGCAGGAUCGUUUUUAUACACAUCAUUGGUUUGUCACUUUUUUAAAACCUUUUUAUGGUUAAAAUGAUUGCCUCUAUGUCUGUACAGAACAAAGCUGCUAUUUUAUUCUCUGUUUUGGAUUAUAUAUAAUUUUCUUUUCUUUUUUCAGGUUUGAUAUAUUAUGAUCUCCACAACAAUCCAUUUCUAAUAUUCUUAAAAUGUUUAAAAACAAAAACAAACAAAAACAAAAAAAACAUGAAAUAAAACAAAAGGCUUCCCCAAAAGAUUUUCAGUAACACUAAAUUUUGUUCAUUGCCUUUCAUUUAAAAAAAUGUUUCCUUCUGUAUUUGUUUUGUGAGUGUCUAUUAUUAUUAUUAUUAUUACUAUUAUUAUUAUUAUUAUUAUUAUUAUUUUGAAUGGACACCUUAGCUCGAUGUAUGAGCGCAUACUUUCUGCAACCUUUUUUGUACUUGUGUUGUCUAGCACUGCGCCUAGCGUUGCCCUCUAGGUGCAACUCAAUCUCAGGUCAAAGGAAAGGCUUUGCUUUCUCCACACAUUCUCAUAUCAUCCUGUACUUGCCUCCCCUUGCUGCGCCUCUCCCCCCCAUGCCCCCCCUUCCCUUUUAAUUCCACCCCCAUCUCAAAAAAGAAGAAAAAAAACUGUGCCCAUUCCCCCCAGUGCCUCUUUUCAAAGUCAGGAUUAGUUCCACUACACAAAACGAUUACUGAAUACCAGAUUUUUUUUAUGGUAACCCAUCCAUGUCAGGCCUCUUCUACAAUAAACAGAGCUAAUAAUUAGGUUGUUUUGUUUGCCUGAAUUAUACCAACAGUCUUUCUUAGCAUUUCCUAUUUAGUUUAAUCUGUCAAGCACAACACAACAUCAUUUCUAUUAACGUUACUUCUUCAGUUAUGUUUUCAAACUAGCCGUCUUUGCAAUCACCACCUCUGAAAACCAAAUACAGGAUGGGUUAAAGUCCAGGGAAGGAACGUGUGGAUGUCACAAGUGAAAAGGACUUGCAACGACUGAGUAAUGAAAAUGUUUUGAAGGAUUUCUUCUCUUCUUGUUUGGUGAUUUUUAUUUUUUUUUUCCUUUCCUGUAGAAAUGUGUAUUUAUUUGUUUUUUUUUUUUUCCUUUUGUGAUAUCACUAUAAAUCACUGUAUAAAUGCCCAAUGUUUCAGUAAUAUUUUUUUUCUUUCUUUUUUUUUGUACGCAUUGUCCUUGGUGUCAUGACUGUGGGACUUAAAACUUUUUUUUUUCUCCCAUUAGGCAUAUAACUACCUCACUUUUUUUUCUUUUUCUUUUUUAAUAUAUUUGUGCAUAUGAAAACAAAUCUCACUCGUCAGUUGUAACCGGAAACGUUUCAAGAUAAAACCCCACAGGAAUCUAGAUAGACCUCAUGAAGACAGACAACGACAAGGAGGUGGAGGUGUUGUGAGUUCAGCCUGCAAGCGUCUGGCCCGGCGGUUUUUAUAAAAAACUGAGUUUUCACUUCAGAUUAGAGAAAACGCACUUGACAACCUCAAAUCCUCAAAACACAACCGUAAUAAUCUCAUUGCAAAUGCAUUUAUAGAGAAGUAUAAAAAAAAAAGAUGGGAAUUAUUUUAAAAGGGAAAUGUAUUAUUCACCUCCAAAAUAAAUAUAUACGUAUAUAGAUAUAUAUACCGUAUAUGCUGUUAAAUUGCAAACAACAUCCCAUUUCACAACUUACGUUGAUCUCAAAUGAGUGGCAUUCACUUUUUACACCAAGUAAUGGAUCCGUGUGAAUGUAAUACUGUACGUAUUUACUUUAUAUACCAAAACACCAUGUAGACAAUAGUGACUCCAACUCGUACAUCUACAGUAGUAAAAUCUUCAAUGUUUGAAUCCAAACAGAAGACAAAAAGAUCAUUUUAUCAUUCAUCUAUCGUCACGUUUUUAUGUUUGCCUGACUGUCGUCAUUUCUCCCGUCAAAGUCUACCCACUGAAUUGCCAUGACGUUCUGGCCCAGGUGUUGAUUUCCACUGUCAUCCAUCAGACUCUAUCGAUGGCCAUUCUGGGGCAUUUUUUUUGAUCAUUCAGAGGCGCUGCCUACUCACCUGUUGCUCAGCCACUUCUAAUAUUGCUGCUGGUUCAUUCGUCUCAGUGCAGCUUAUGACAACUCCCAAAACGCAGUGUAAAGAUGCAAAAAGUAGUCUCGAGUCUCACCUGUACUUUUUUACUAACAAUGGGUUUACCAUUAUCUCAGUGCUCAGGCUAGUGGACUGGGAGCAAAUUGAAUUUGUACAUUUGUCUUUAUCAAAAAACAAUAAACUAGAUGACUUAUAAUGGGAAACUCGGUUGCUUGAUCAGUCUUCUAAAUAUUAUAUCGGCAUGACUUAGGGCUAAAUUUGAAAAAAAUAUUAAAAAAGAAAAAAAAAAAGGAGAGAAGAAUCUUUGACUUAAACUGACUGCUGCCGAGUUUCACAUUGGUGAGAAAACAAAUUACCACUAACAAGCAAACAUAUCUGCAUUUAUGUUUUUCCAGUUUGAAUAUAUUGUGAUAACAUUUCAGCUUUUCAUUUCUGAGAAUAGACAUGGAUCUGCUGUGAGAUGAACUACUAGUUACCAUUAGAUCAAAAGCCUGUCAAAACACAUAGACAUAGCAAAGGGAUGUGUAGAAUGCAGGUAGUCAUGGCAACAAAUAAAGUUAGAAAGAGAGAAUAGUUUACAGGUGCAACAACAGUCUUUUUAUUUUUCUUUACAUUAGGCUUUCAGCAUAAAUAUACAUUAACUAUGUUCAGUUGAAUCGUGUUCAUCAUUUUUGAUUCUUCGGAAUGUUUUCUGUUCAAAUUUCAGGUUUAUAGAGGAUGCAACAGUGCAUUCCACUGCAAUAACAGGCUUGAGGUUUAUCAUUAUCAUGUCUGUUUUUAUGAUUUGCAUUCCUACACCUUCUGAGGGGCCUUGGUCUAGUACUAUCUUAUAUUUUUGCAAAAUCUGUGCAUUUAGAUCACGAUUAGGGAAAGAAAUAAUCAAAAUAAUAUCACUAGACUGUCUUCUCUCGAGCUCUGUAUCUGAGGCCUCAAAGUUUUUUUCAGACCUAUAGAUGGGAUGGUGUAUUUUCGACACACCAUCUCCAAAUGUGUAUCUGAGAAUUUCAUGUAUUUUACUUUUUCUGAAAUUUUGAAUAAAUAAAUGAGAACCAGAUUGCUUCAUAUAAUUAUU